CGUCGCGUUCAUCCAAUCACUCAGAAUCCAUCCACACUCCUAAUCUUACUCCUGUCCUCUUGUCGCUCUCUCUCUUGCUCCUCACCACCUCUUGAUACUUGGAAACCAGCCCCAGUCAUCUGGCGACCCGACGCCGAGCAGCCGGCGACUUAAUCGAGGCCGCGAACGCCACCCCGCCAUCUCCGUGCCUCCCUAACUUCGUCCCGCCAUCCCAUCCACUAUCCAUCAUCAACCCUCCUCAUCCUCUUCCUACUCCGUGGCUCUGAUUGCUGCGUGCACUCCGUCACGAUGCUCCUGUCCGAGCUUGUCCUGGCGAAGGGUGGGCCACUCGCCAAGAUCUGGCUCACCGCCCACCACGAACGCAAGCUCACCAAGCAGCAGACCCUUAACGUCGACAUCGAGGACAGUUGUGAGGCGAUCUUGGGUCAGACCGACGAUAAUCCUGUUGCGCUCCGGAUAUCGGGGCAGCUCAUGCUCGGUGUUACCCGCAUCUAUGGCAGGCAAGCACAGUACCUCCUUGAAGACUGCCGCGACACACGCGAGCGCAUAACGGCCUUUCAGCCAGGCCUCGUAGAUCUGCCUGAUGACCAGAUCCGCGCCCCCAACGCAGCGAUCACGCUUCCCCAACUCAGCGAGGCGACUAUGGCCGCGAGCGCUAUGGAUUUCUGGGACUGGAGUGUGUCGGUGUAUGAGCCCACGGGUCUCCACACUGCCCCCUUCAACAAGACCAACAUUCGCGGGUCGAGAGAAUACGGCGCGUUCAAUUUUGGGCGGCCACGCACAAGCAGCAUCUACGGCGGCUCGGUUGGGUCGCGGAGCAACACAAGCGACGAAGACUACACGAGCCGCCUUGACAGCAAUGAGAUGUUCGCUCCCAUGGACCUGGGAAUCGAGAAUCUCGACUUUGACAUGAGCAUGGAAAUCGGGCGCGGCGGUAGCCAGGCUCACGAGAUGCGGCACUCCACCCCCCCCCAACUACAUGAACUCCAUGAGGGGAUGGCCAUUGACCCAGACUUCAGCAUGGGACCAAUGGAUCUCGACCUCGACUUCCCUCCUGAUGAGCUCCCGGCGUUGAUGGAGAACCGGUCGUCCUCGCCCGCCUCGAGUGCACUUACCACGCCCCCUCCAGCAUCCCCUCCGCCUAUGCCCGUAUCGCCAGGGACGGCCAAGCGUCUCGAAGCCGUUGCCAAAAGGGCAAGGCGGGUGCGCGUUCUCCGCCCCGACCACGAGCUUGAGCUGCCAGAUGAAGCGUUCACAGAUGAGUCGGCGCAGGAGCACCAGGCGGAACCGACUUUCAUUCCGGACGAUGCGACGGCGCACGUGCGGGCCGCUGCAGCCGAUGUCGACCUCGUACUCCCCGUCUACAAAGAGGAAGGGGAGCGCUUUAUCAUGGCUGGGCCAAGCUACCUCCCUCCCGCGCUGGAGGAGCUUUUCACUUUCCCCAUUCACACUCUUCGCCGGAGACGGGUGGAGGGCGAGCGAGAGGAGUCGCCGAAGCGGCCACGUUUGGAAUCGGAAAUGGACUACGAUCUUGAGAUUGCGCGCCGCCGCAGCCGCACACGGACGCCAGGUAUGGCGAGCAUGGCCGGUGACUUGGGGCUGGAGAACCUGGACAUGGACCUGAGUCUGCUCGAGGGCGAUCCCCUUGACCUCCCCGCCUACGAGCCGGACGUGCCCUUUAGCAGUCCUCGAAGCCAAAUUUCGCGCUACUCGCGCAUGCCCUCGAUUGCCGGCAGUCGGGCAGAGAGCAUCGCCCGCGCCGUGCAGGAACACGACACUGAGGGCCCGCCCCUCGCCAUCUUCGACGGAGGGGAGAGCGCUGUCGGCUCGCAGUUCACCGGAACUGGCAAGGGCACGGGCGGGUUCAGCAAGACGACAGGCAUGGCGAUGGGCGUGCUCCGGCGCGAAAUCGAGGCGAUCGAGUCUACCUUGAGUGAGGGAGAGGGGGUGACGUUCACCAGGGUUGCGCGGGGCGCGACCAAGCGCGCGGCAUCGCAGUUUUUCUUCGAGCUGUUGGUGUUGGGGACACGGGACGCGGUGGGGUUGAAGCAGGAGCAGGCGUUUGGCGACAUUGAGGUCGUGCCGCGGCCGGGGUUGUGGGAGACCGGCGCGAGAGGGGCCGAGGGCGUGUCGGCGUCGGCACCGGUGUCAGAAGUCUAAUUUCCUAUCGUAGUCUGUAGUACAUGUAUCCACUUGCC